CAUGUUAAACUUGUCACUUACAGUUUUACUGGUAGCCUCAGCUUCUUGUCAAUCUACAUAUUUUCGAUCUCCAAUUGUUGUCGAAGAUAUUCCAGAAUCAGUUGCUCAACAAACUUUUUCCAUAUUUGAAGAACAAUCAAAACCCCGAAGGCAUCAACUUUUACUAAGUUAUCCUAGAUCGAGCGUAUUACGAAAUGAUAACCUUUAUGCAGUGCAAGAGACUGAAUCAAGAAUUCUUGCAAGAGGUUUUCAAAAUCCUAGGCUUAGAUUAUACCAAAGCCAAGCUGAUGAAGAUAAUAGAGUAGUCCCUUUAGAAGACUCUGACAGCAUAAACCACAAUUUAAAAAGAUUUGAUCCGACAGAGCCAAUUGAAUACCAUCAUUAGACUUAAAAGUUAAAAUAUCUUUCAAAAACUUUGCAAUAAAAUUUAUUUUUAAAAUCA